AUGACGGUCUUCAUCGCGUCGCUCUUUCUCCCGUACACGGUCAAUUUUCACGUCGAGAGUCCGCGCAAUCGACUCUCGCAAGCCGCUCCUCAGCCUGCCAACGGGGCGACAGACUCGGCCUCUUCUCUCCCCAACGUCGCGGCCAGUCUGUUUGAAAAGAGCAGCCCCACCCCCCAACAAGGCCUCACACCGGGUGCGACCACCGACCACGAGCGCAUUUUCACGACCAAUCUCGGGAAAGUCGACGAGGAGCAGUCUGAAUAUCCAUUUCCCGCCACGCCGUCAUCCGAGCACCAGCCCUUCACCGAGAGCGAAGCCCACUCUCCAGCAUGGGGCGCCACGACUUCCCUCAACCAGCCGAAGCCACGGCCCAUCCUCUCUCCAUCUCCGUCCAUUUUGAAGCACCAGGAUCCCAUCCCUACCCCUCCCCUCCCAGACGUCCAAAGGCCCGAGAGCUCGGGCCGCAAAGCCUCAUUUUCUCGGGCCGAGUGGACAAUUGAGACUGCGGAGCAAGGAAAUGGCGGCUUGCGCAACGCGGUCCGGUCUGCUAAGGAGUCGGGGUACUUGGGUGACAUGAUGUGGGUCGGUACAUUGGGAAUGCCUACGGAUGUGCUGGCGAAGUGGACGCGUGAUGACAUCGCAGAGAAAUUAGAGGACGAGUACAAUUCGCUGACGGUGUUUGUCAACGACGGAGAUUUCGAUGGUCACUAUACUCAUUUCUGCAAAACCAUCCUCUGGCCCGUCUUCCACUACCAGAUUCCGGACAACCCGAAGAGCAAGGCCUAUGAGGAUCAUUCGUGGAUCUACUAUGUCAAACUCAACGAGGAAUUUGCAAAGCGCAUCGCCAAGAACUGGAAGCGGGGUGAUUCGAUCUGGGUUCAGGACUAUCAUUUGUUGCUAGUCCCGGCCAUGCUCCGCAAGCUGCUACCAGAUGCCGAGAUUGGCUUUUUCUUGCACAUUGCAUUCCCCUCCUCCGAGGUCUUCAAAUGCCUGGCACCGCGCAAGGAACUUUUGGAGGGUAUGCUGGGUGCCAAUCUGAUCGGUUUCCAGACUGCUGAGUAUUGCCGGCACUUCUUGCAAACCUGCAGCCGUAUCCUGUGCGUCGAGGCUACGAAUGAAGGCAUCCAGAUGGAGGACCGCUUUAUUAAUGUGGGCACGUUCCCAAUUGGUAUCGAUCCGACCUCGUGGGAUAAGCGCCGUAAAGCGGCGGAUGUCGAGCGAUGGGUUGACACGAUAUCUGCGAGGUAUCAUGACAAGCGACUGAUCGUCGCACGCGACAAGAUUGACUCGGUCCGGGGUAUUCGUCAGAAGCUCCUCAGCUAUGAGCUGUUCCUCAACACCUAUCCGGACUGGGCAGACAAGGUGGUGCUGAUUCAGGUUGCGACCAGCACCAUCGAGCAGCCUGAGUUAGAGGCCACCAUCUCUGACAUUGCCAUGCGUAUCAACUCAACUCACUCGACUCUGGCCCACCAGCCUUUGGUCUUUUUGAAGCAAGACUUGGCGUUCCCGCAGUACCUGGCUCUGAUCACAGUUGCCGAUGCUUUGAUGAUUACAAGUCUGCGCGAAGGUAUGAACUUGACUAGUCACGAGUUUGUGUACUGUCAGGAUGGUAGCUACGGUGACAAAAAAUAUGGAUCACUCAUCCUGAGUGAGUUCACUGGUAGUGCAUCGGUUUUUGGAAACCAUGCACUCCUGGUAAACCCCUGGGACUAUAGGCAAUGCUCCGAGGCAAUUCACACGGCACUGACGCGGGGCGAGAAGGAGCGAAAAGAAGUGUGGCAAGAACUGCACCGUGCUGUUUUGCAAAACUCGACCGGCAACUGGGUGAAGUCUUUCAACGAGACGCUGACGAAAGUAUGGAAUGAACAAUCGUCGCGGGAGAUCAUGGCCGUGCCACGACUAUCAGUGCCCCGGCUCGUCGAGAAGUACCGACAAACAAAGCAUCGACUGAUGAUAAUCGAUUAUGAGGGCACCCUUGCCUCAUGGGGAUCCCCACGCAGCAUCAUCCUAACGACACCACAGCGCGCCAUCACGACGCUCACUGAAUUAACCGAUGACCCGGCCAACGUCGUUUAUGUAAUGAGCUCGCGCAUGCCCGAAGAGAUGGAGCGGCUCUUCCGCCGAGUCAACAACCUGGGCCUGAUCGCUGAGAAUGGCUGUUUCGUGCGCGAGCCCCGCUCUGACGAAUGGACACACCUCGCCGACAAAGACCAUGUCGAAAACUGGAAGACAUCGGUGUCCCACAUCCUGGCCUACUUUAAAGACCGCACCGAGGGCAGCUGGAUUGAAGAGCGCCACUGCUCGCUCGUCUUCCACUACGGCUCCGCCGAUGACAGCAGUGUCGCUGCGCGCCUUGCGGCCGAGUGUGCAGAUCACAUCAACGACGCGUGCAAGAACCAGGGUGUGCACGCUGUCCCCAUCGAAGGAGCCCUGAUCGUUGAAACGGCCAUGACGAAUAAGUCCUCGGCAGCGGAGUUGGUCUGGCGAUGGUGCUUGGAGGACCCAGAGAAAAAGGCCGUCGGCAAGCCGGGCUUUUUGCUGGUCAUUGGCGAUAACCGCGAAGACGAGCCUGUCUUCCGGUGGGCGAAUAAGUUGCACAAAGCCAAGGCUGUCGACUAUGCGAUGACCGUCACUUUGGGAUCACGUAGUACCGAGGCCAAGGCUACCUUGACGCAGGGAGUAACAGGUGUUCUCUCUUGCUUGCAGCACUUGGCCGCCCCCUCAGGAACAGCACCCGCGCCAGCGCGGCAAUCCGUGAUGUCUGCUGGCGAUUGGGGAGAAUGA